CGCCAAACCAGGAUCAUUUUAUCGCUUUGCAUUUCCGGUGUAAGCUAUAUUCAUUACCCUUCAACCAAACUUGUACGCUGCAUCCUACUGCCUUUACGUACUCGCGUUCGUGUUCGUUAAAUUCUUGGCUCGGCUGUGGAGAGCAUGCAUGAAUAGACAAGCAGAAGCGCUUUGCUUCAUCAACCAUGGAAUCAACAGCCAGUAGUAAGGAGAGGACCGAGUUCUUCCAAAGACUUAAACCAUGUUGCGUUAAGAUAAGUCAGUUGGCGAUCCGCGAGGCCGACGGACGAGCUUCUUCUCGAGAGCUUGGUGAGCAGACAGGUCGACUUUUGGAGCUCCUCAAUGAACAAAUCAGACGGAACCCGCUAGUACUGGAUGAGAAGUUAUCUGAAUAUGUGUUCUUCCCUCUUCAUCACAUCUUUCGCCAGAUGGAUCAAUAUCCCAUGCCCUUGAUCGAGAACUGCAUCAAGACGCUUACAAUUCUCAUCACGCACGGCUGGAAGACAAAGCUUUCUGCGGAGCUUGUGCGACAGAUUCUGAGUCUUCUGACUUUCAUUAUAGAUGGAACACCUGGCUCAACCCCAGCACGCCCUGUCGCUGAGGAGACAGUGCUGGAAGCUUUUCGUGGGCUGACAGCGCUCUUCAACACAGCUGGUUUAUCGGCCGCAGCUUCAUCAGGGCUUUCGGAGGCAGAGUCAAUACCGGCUCUUGGGCACGGCGUAACUAUCAUGUUGAAUGGAGUGGUAGACGGUGCAACGCCUCAGAUUCAACAGGAAGCACUGCGUGCCCUGCAAGCAGUGUACCAUACUGUGAAAGAACCUGCUGCAUUGGCUAGUUUCCUGCCUGGCACCGUUUCCCUACUCGCCAAAGUCACAUCUUCACCCAACCGAUACAAGAGCGCUGUUCUUGCCAAAUGUUUCGAGACAGUGAGCCUGGUACUGACAAGUGUAUUGGCUGAUCUACGGACGCGGUCGAUCUUAACAAAAACCGAAACUGAUCAAGAACGGGCCGAGGAUAACAAAAUCCUAUCUCCAGCUUGGCUCAAGGCAAGCACUAUGCAAGUUAAGAAAGCCCUCUCAACGAUUAUGAAACUGCGUUCUCAUGAAUCUGCUGAGGUGAGGAAUGCCCUCAACAAGCUUUGCGUGACCAUCCUGGAUGAAUGCCACAACACGUUGUCCAACUGUGCAAACAUACUUGUCGAGACAGCCAUGAUGCUUGGGGAGACUGAGAACAAGAUGUCCCUGACACAGACUAGUUUACAAGAUCUUGUCAACAUCUAUCCUGAACUCGGUGAAAUUGUCAAAACGACGACAUAUAACUGGAUGUCUAGUCUUUCACGGCUGAUGCAAUCAGCGGAUGAAGAUGUUAAGCGAGACACUAUACGAAAUGUCUUGAAGGGUCUUGAGCUCAUCAAAGACUUACAGAUACAAUCAUCGACGCUGGACGAAUCUAUGUCGAUUAUGCUCCGAGAUAGUAUUAUAUCUCUAAUGCAAGCAUCAGGAACCUCGGAAACUAAUGAGAACAUGGACGUUCGACUGAUAGACAGUGGGGAAGCAUCGGCAGAGCAAGGGGAUGUCCAAUACCAGCCCGUCUUGCUGCCCUCCGAAUCGCAAAAGGAUAUCCGUCAUGAGAUGGCAUCACUCAUUACCUUUCUUGGGUCAUCGUCUCAGCAAGCAAGAUUUGCUGGUACUAUGUUGGAGCAAGUUCAGGACUCUGAUAACUCAGCCAGCCAAGUCGCUACUUUUUGGCUUUGCUUUGAACUUAUCAAAGCGAGCCAUAGAUCAUCUGCUGAAGCAGAGAUGUUCUUGAACUUGUCAUCAGUAACCGAUCCCUCCCAGGAUAUCGACACCAUAUUCAAUGAGCUUUACACAACAUCGGUGCAGAUUCUCGACCGGCACACAGAUGUGGAAUCUAUCGACUGGCGGCUAGAAGCUCUAGCCCUAGAAGCAACUGCCUACACAGCACAGCGAGCCGGAGAGUCAUUUCGCCCCGAACUGAUCGAUAUUUUGUUUCCCAUCGCAACGUUCUUAGGCUCCAACAACCCCAAUCUGCAAAAGCAUGCUAUUGUCACAUUGAACAGUAUAGCAGCCUCAUGCGGAUAUGCCAACGUUUCAGAGCUUAUCAUCCAGAAUGUGGACUACAUGGUGAACUCGGUUUCGUUGAGGCUGAACAGCCUGGACAUAUCGCCUGCCUCGAUCAACGUCUUGACCAUGAUGGUCCGACUUGCAGGCCCUCGACUGGUUCCCUACCUAGACGAUGUUAUCGACUCUAUCUUCGGGGCUUUAGAUAACUUCCACGGAUAUCCAGUAUUUGUCGAGAAUCUGUUUGUCGUGCUCAAGGAGGUUGUGAAUCAGGGCGUUCGCUCGGAUAUGUUGUUGCUGGAACAUCAGGCGAGGUCAAAACCAGACCAUCGAAAAGUCCACAAGAAAGAACCUGGGCUCUCCGAACUCUUGGAUACUUUGGAAAAGCGAAGGCAGCGGGCAGCACUCGAUGAGACGGAAACAGAAGAAGAAGUGAAAGGCCACCCAAAGAUUCCGUGGAAGAAAGAAAAGAACGAGAAUGAUAGCAACGAGGCAGCUGAUCCUCCACCGGAACCAGAAAAACCACCAAACUCACCAACGUACCAGCUUCUGCUGAGAGUGGCAAACCUCACGCAACAUUACCUCACCUCCCCGACACCGACACUACGAAGAUCCUUACUUGAGCUCCUGGCAACAGCAUCCACUGCUUUGGCUCCCGAUGAAGAUGCAUUUUUGCCCCUUGUUAACGCGAUCUGGCCAGUAGUGAUCGACAGGCUGCAUGACCCAGAAGCUUAUAUCGCGGUCGAGGCAUGCCGCGCGCUUGCUGGGCUCUGCGCUGCUGCGGGGGACUUCCUUAGCUCUCGGUUCAAGACUGACUGGGCUGAAUGGCUUCGAGAUUGGUGCCGAAAGGUUAAACAGCAAGCUUCCGCUUCACCGAGCUGGGUCAGACCCCAUGGGGAAGCUGGCACUACGUGGGGGAAAGAAAGCGACGAUAGCCGAGUGUUGAUACCCCUGAGACAUGGUGAUAGUCUAAGCGGCAAGCCUUUAACGCAAAUAGUUGCACCAUCUUCAGGUAGCUUAGGCAAAUUUGCGUCACCAGCGCGAGUGUGGGAGGGUACGGUUGAGCUACUGACAGCUCUCGUAUCUCAUGUUCAGGUUGACGAAGAAAUGUUUGAUGACAUUCUUGACUUACUCUCGGACGUUUUGGAACGAAACGUUGUAGUGCGGGAGGCAUUGGAGGCUGUUAACGGGGACGCUGUAUGGCUUUCGCGGUAUGAGAGAGGGAAUGUUGAAUGGCUCCCAACACCGAAAAUGGACGGAGUGGAGUUCACUCACAUGGAAAUCUCCAGGUAAUGCAUUACGAAAUAGACAGAACAAACCAACCAAUAUCGACUUCUCAAUCAUACCAUUGUGGGCAUUGAAAUGGCCAGAGCCGGCACAAGAACUCAUCUAGUGGUACGACUCGUUUCCUGGGGUUAGCAUGGAUACUAGGAGCGCCACCGGGCAAACCGUUCCUUGACGAUGAUGGAAGGCAGC